AAUAAGCAACAUAACGCUUACCAACAGUUCUGAAUAAGACAAAAAAAAGAAGUCGGAAACUACCUAGAAUUGAGUAACGUUAAAAAGAAAUAAAGCAAUUAUUACGCAUGCGCCGCAUGGUUGAGAGGACUUGACAGGUUUUGUUUUUUGAGACCGGUCAAGUAACUUACUUUUCAUUUAUUUAUUUAUAGUCUUUUUAAAGAAUUCGAGUUACCCACGUAUACUCGAUGAUUGAUUUCAUUUGAAAUCAGAGUAAAACCUUGUUGUUAUUUUCUCCAAUAUAAUGCAUUGAGUAUUUAUUAUUAUGAUUUCUUUAUACAAGAAAUAUUGAGAAUAUGGUGUUUAAUAUUGUUUGACUAUGGCUAAUAAAGAAAAAACUGAUUCAACGUGGUGGCUUUUAUUUUUUGUUGUAACUGUGCUAGCUGCCGUUACACGCCUUUAUAAAAUUGAAGAGCCGGAUCAUGUUUGCUGGGAUGAAACUCAUUUUGGAAAGAUGGGUAGUUGGUACAUCAAUCGUACUUUUUUCUUUGAUGUUCAUCCUCCUCUGGGAAAAAUGUUGAUUGGUCUAUCAGGUAAACUUACUGGCUACAAUGGAACAUUUGCAUUUAACAAACCUGGAGAUAAAUACCAAGAUCACAAUUACAUUGGAAUGAGGCUUUUUUGUGUAACACUUGGAAUGGCUAUAGUUCCAUUUUGCUUUUUGAUUGUGUGGGAACUGACUCGUUCUCUAUGUGCUUCCACUCUGUCUGGCUUCUUCGUAAUUUUUGACGUUGGAAUGAUCACCUUAUCGCAAUAUAUUCUCCUUGAUCCUAUUCUCAUGUUUUUCAUUAUUGGUUCUGUAUUAGGAAUGGUUAAAUUUGCAUCACAGAGUCACAGAAACUUCAGCCCAUCUUGGUGGUUUUGGCUAUCAUGGACAGGAGUUUUUAUGGCUUGUUCAAUAAGUGUGAAGUUUGUUGGGUUGUUUGUGGUUCUUCUAGUUGGCAUUCAUACUCUUUAUGAUUUAUGGAACAUACUUGGAAAUUUGAACACUCCUAUCACUCAAGUGAUUAAACAUUUCACAGCACGAGCAGUCUGUCUCAUUUUGCUCCCUGCCAUUUUGUAUGUCACCUUCUUUUAUAUUCACUUGAAGACACUAUACAAAAGUGGCUCUGGCGAUGGAUUUUUCAGCUCGGCAUUUCAAUCCCAGUUAGAAGGAAAUUCACUUUAUCAUGCUCAUAUGCCAAAAGAUGUAGCCUAUGGAGCAAUUGUCACUCUAAAAAAUCAUAGAACAGGUGGUGGCUAUCUUC